AUGGCGGCCGCAGACGCAUCCGAGAAGCUCGCGCUCAUCAGCGAGAACCUGACCGAGAUCCUCAACCCCGAGAUUAUCGAGAAGAUCCUGGCCGAGGGACGGCAUCCCAAGAUCUACUGGGGCACCGCCACAACCGGCCGCCCUCACUGCGGCUACUUUGUCCCCGCCAUCAAAAUCGCCCAGUACCUGGCCGCCGGCUGCCAUGUCACGAUCCUGCUCGCCGACAUCCACGGCUUCCUCGACAACCUGAAAGCGCCCAUCGAGCUGGUCGAGCUGCGAGUCGAGUACUACCGCUUCGUCAUCACCGCCAUCUUCAAGGCCGUCGGCGUGUCCACCGAGAAGCUCAAGUUUGUCCAGGGCAGCUCGUACCAGAAGAGCCCCGAGUACAUCAUGGACGUCUACAAGCUGUCGUCGGUCAUCUCCGAGCACGACGCCAAGAGGGCCGGCGCCGAGGUUGUCAAGCAGACGGACAAUGCGCCGCUGUCGGGCCUGCUCUACCCGAUCCUGCAGGUCCUGGACGAGCAGUACCUGGACGUCGAUGCCCAGUUUGGAGGUCUGGACCAGCGUAAACUCUUCAUUGCUGCCAAGGAGUGGCUGCCCAAGCUCGGAUACAAGGAGCGUGCGCAUCUAAUGAACCCUAUGGUGCCUGGCCUCAAGGGCUCCAAGAUGAGCUCCAGUGACGAAGACAGCAAAAUCGAUCUCCUGGAUUCCCCAGACGCAGUCUCAAAGAAGAUUCGCAAGGCCGUCGCCACUCCCAAGGUUGUCGAGGAAAACGGUGUCUUGGCUUUCGUCGAAUACGUCCUUCUGCCCGCAGCAGCCCUGAAGGGAGAGCGCAAGUUUGUCGUUGAGCGCGAGAGAGACGGCCUGGAGCCCCUGGUUUACACAAGCAUCCAGCAGAUGCACGAGGACUACAGAAACGAUGUGCUAUCACCCCAACUACUCAAGGCAGCCGUCACGAAAUCAUUAAACGAGCUCCUGGCCCCCAUCCACGCAGAGUUCACAGCAUCAAAAGAAUGGCAGGAGAUUGCCAUCAAGGCCUACCCUCCUCCCGCCAAGAAGGAGAAGAAGGUCAAGGACAAGGGCACUCGCCACCCCGGAAAGGCAGCAGAGAACAUUGACGUCAAGGACCUGAAAGAGGCAGUCAGCGAGGUUUGAGGAAAAUAAAGAAAGAAAAGGACAAUACGGAUGUAAAUAUGGAAUGUUUGGCAUAUGCAGCAAAAAGAAAAUAGGGAGAGAGCGGGAGCUUUGACAGCGCCCGCAUCACGGCAUAGAGGAGCAAGGCGCAACAAAAAAUAUUCUAGAAUACUACCCGAUAUAUACGGAGUACAUGCAGUUACGAAUACAUGAGCCUGAAUACCUUG